AUGAGCUCUGCCGUCGCCGCCACCGAGCAGCCCAAGAUCACAGCCGAGAACGUUGUGCGCCUGUUCCCUGAAGUCAACACAACUGUCAUUGGAGGAUCGCACGACUCAGCCCGCAACGACGACGCGCUCGCUGGCUACGAUGAAGAGCAGAUCAAGCUGAUGGAUGAGGUGUGCAUUGUGCUAGACGACGACGACAAGCCUAUUGGAAGCGCAAGUAAGAAAGUUUGCCACCUGAUGGAGAACAUAAACAAGGGCCUCCUCCACCGCGCUUUCUCUGUUUUCCUCUUCGACUCCCAGAACCGACUCCUCCUCCAGCAGCGAGCUACCGAGAAGAUCACCUUCCCAGACAUGUGGACAAACACCUGCUGCUCGCACCCAUUGGGCAUUCCUGGAGAGACAGGAUCCACCUUGGAGGAGUCGGUUCAGGGCGUCCGACGUGCAGCCGUUCGCAAGCUUGACCAGGAGCUUGGCAUCGAGUCUUCUCAAGUUCCCAUCGACGACUUCAAGUUCCUGACAAGAAUACACUACAAGGCACCCAGUGACGGCAUGUGGGGUGAGCACGAAGUGGACUACAUCCUCUUCAUCAAGGCCGACGUAGAUCUCAACAUUAACCCUAACGAAGUCCGUGACAGCUGCUUUGUUACGCAAGAGGAGUUGAAGGCCAUGUUCCAAGACAAGUCGCUCAAGUUCACACCGUGGUUCAAGUUGAUCUGCGAGACGAUGUUGUUCGAGUGGUGGAGCCACCUCAACUCCGGCCUUGAGAAGUACCUUGGAGAGACAGAGAUUCGCAGAAUGUAA